AUGGAGGACGAGCUAGCCAAGUCGGACGCCAGCCAGGCGUUCAUUGGGUACGCGCCGAUCGAGGAGGGGGGAGACAAUGAGAUCGCCCUCCACUACACCCUCUCGUGUGAUCUUUCCGAACUGCUGAGUGCAACAGGCGUUGGAGGGACUGGAUCCAGCUCCAAGCCGCUCCAGGCCACUGGAGUAGACUGGAGCCCUACGGGAUCUGUGGUAGCUGCCUCGUUCGGGAGAAACGACAUCGCCGGCUGGUGCGACUCCCCAGGGGCCCUCGCUACCUGGAACAUCUUCCGCCGAGGCUUUGCCGACGAGGGAGACCACGCGCCUGAUACCAUUCUGGACCACAGCAGCUGUUUGAUGUGCGUCAGCUGCCACCCACUGAGCCCAGCGAUCAUAGCCGCGGGAUCCUUCAACGGCGAGGUGGUGGUGUGGGACACGUCGAGGGAUGAACCGCUGCUGGCAACAACGAAGAUCGACGACCUCUACCACCGAGAGCCGGUGACGUCGCUAUCCUGGGUGCACAACCCGCGAGACGACGAGUACCGCCUGGCCGCUGUGUCCGGGGAUGGAAAGCUUCUGUUUUGGUCUCUGAAGAACAACCUCCAAUGCCCGGUAGAAGGAUACCGAGUGCCAGCGGAGGGGGCAGACGGUGGCCGGGAUGGUACCAGGGCUCGAAGGUCUUCCGCCAGAGGCCGCACAGCGGGAUGCACCACGCUGUCGUUCUUGCGGGAGGGACGCCACAUGACCUCGGCGGUAGUCGGAACGGAGGGAGGGGCCGUCGUGAAGUGCCGCUUGGCGACAUCGUCCAAGGGGACUGCAGACCAGAGCAAGAGCAUGCGGUGGUCAUCGGAAGCGGACGAGACGCUGAGCCGGGUCCCGACCAAGCAUCAGCGGGAGGUGGUCAGGGAUGUCGAGAAGGCGGCGAAGGCCAACCGCGGGGCAGAGGUGGACUUGCCGGCGGUGUUUCGAGCUCGGCUGGAAUCGUCGCUCCUCUACCCAUCGCCCGGUUUGUUUCGCAUGGAGAAGCACCACGGACCGGUGCACUCGAUCGACUGCUCGCCGUUUCACAGGGCACUGCUUCUGUCGAGUGGAGCAGAUGGGUCCGCCAGGCUGUACAACACUCUACAGAGCAGAGCGGUGCUUACGUUCGAGCCUUCCAAUUCGAACCUCAUGGACGUCAGGUGGAGCAGGGCCAGACCGUUGGUGUUCGCGGCGGUGGCGGAGGACGGCGGGAUUUUCAUCUACGACCUCCUCCAGAGCCCGGUGAUACCGGUGGCGAGCGCCCAGCUACCUCGGGGGGACGCUCUUUUCCAUCCCCGGUCGAGGCUAGUCGAUGUCAACGACAAGGGCGCGGUGGGGGCGGCCUACUCGGUUUCUUUCAACCCCAGACAAAGGGAUCUGCUGGCGACGGGUGACAGUCGGGGCAGGGUCAUUGUGUGGCGGAUGAGCUGGCGCCUGGCCAACAAGAGGCCCGGGGAGGACGCCGGGCUGGAGCGAUUGUUCAAGGGCAGCGUUGGCGACGAUGGACAAGAAGACGAGGAUGACCAGGCAAACUAG